AUGAAGCUAAAUUUAGACUACAAAACCUCAUUUCAUAUAACACUUUCAACAUUCUUGUUGUUAUGCUUCACAAUCACAUUCCUUAACAAACCCUACUUAUCAACUAAUCAAACCGCGAUUAGCAACUUCCUUCAGCCUCUAAGAGUCUCCACAAGAUCAAGUAAUCAAGAAAACGCAAUAGGAAGGCAAAGACUUGAUCCUAAUUGCACGAAUCGUUACAUUUAUAUGCAUGAUCUUCCUCCAAGAUUCAACCAAGAUUUGCUAAGAAAUUGCCAUACACUCAAGGAAAACUUUGAUUAUUGUCCUUUCUUCCAAAACAAUGGUUUCGGGGCUAAACUCAAUUGGGAAAAUUGGUAUGAUACUAACCAAUAUACUCUAUCAAUCAUAUUUCAUAGUAGAAUGAAGCAAUAUGAAUGCUUAACUAGCAACUCUUCCCUAGCAUCCGCAAUCUACGCACCGUUUUAUCCUGGCCUACAAGUCAGCCCGUAUUUUUAUAACAAGUCUAGCUCAUCUAUCAAAGAUGCCGGAGCCUUAGAUUUCGUGUCAUGGCUAAGGGAAAAACCGGAAUGGAAUGUUAUGAUGGGUAAGUAUCACUUCUUUGUACUAGGAAGAAUCAGUUGGGAUUUCAAUAGAGCUAGUGAUCAUGUUCAUAAGUGGGGUAACAAGCUAUUAAGAUUGCCUGAAUCUAAAAACAUGACGGUUUUAUCAAUCGAAACAAAUUAUCCUAACGAAAACGAGUUUGCCAUCCCAUAUCCAACCUAUUUCCAUCCCUCGACUGACAGAGAUGUGCUCGAUUGGCAGGAACGAGUCGGGACAGCUUCGAAUAGAAGCUACCUUUCCGUCUUUGCUGGUGCACCACGCCCUCAUAAACGACAAUCCAUUCAAGGGAAGUUGAUUGAUCAGUGUACAAGAGCGAAAAAUAAUAGCUGCAUAUUAGUUCAUUGUGCACAAAAUUCUGACUUAUGUAGUAUUCCUACACACAUAAUUGAAGUGUAUGAACAAUACAUAUGGCAUGUACCGGAAAAUUAUACAAGAUAUUCGGUUUUUAUACCGGAAGAUGGGAUCCGAAAUGGGACUAUUAGUGUCGAAAAAAUGCUGUCACAGAUAUCAGAGGAAAAUGUAUCAACAAUGAGAGAAGAGAAGUUCUUAAGAAGAUCGAAAAUUCGAGACGAUGAAUUUUACAUGGAACAGGCCAUGGAUAACGAGCAUCCACAUCUAAAGGCUUUCACACCUGCCCCUGGUCCGAUGCCGCCCCAAAUUCCACCAUGUUCGGACGCAUGCAUGGAGAUAUGCAUGGAAGUAGACCAAGCAACAGAAGAUAUAUGCAAAGGUAGCUGUAAACCUUUGUGUAAGCAAGUUCAAACCUUAAUCCUCGUAAGGAGUGAAGGACCGCUGCCGCCGCCACCAUCUCCAUCACCACAAAGCCCCAAAGAAAAUUAA